UAGAUUAAAGUCAGUUAAUACACUCAUUUGUGUUUUGAUAAUUAGUAAAUACAUUUCAAACAGUGACUUUGGUGAUAAAUACAGCCCUCUUUUGGGGGGGCCACAACUUAGCCUUUUCUCUGUCGUGCGGCCAGUGGGAUCUUCCUGCCGCUGGGCUGGCCUCGAGCGGGCGUCUGCCACCAGGACGCUGUUAGGGAGCUCUUGCCGUCUGCUGGGAGGCUUCUGGACUCCGGGAAGCCAGCUUACUGUUGGGUACUUCUGUGGGCGCAGUGAGGCCUGCGGUGGAAUCAGUGCUCCUGACAGGGCUCGUCUGCGCGCGGGGCCUGUGCUGGGUGCGUCACACACGUGACUCGCAGGAGUUCGGGGAGUGCGGACAGUUACUCCCCCGCCCGGCAGAGCAGAACCCGAGGCUCGGAAAGGUGCGGACGCUGUCCCACGUCACUCACGCGACGAGCGGUAGAGGUAGGGUUUGAACCCAGGCAGGCGGACAGGCGCUGAGCCGCAGAACCAGUGCACGUGGCCACACGCAGCUGAUUGGCCCCUCGCGUGCCCUUGGAAGGCCAAGGCCGGGGCACUGUCCCAGCAGGGGCUGAAGGGGGCUUGCAGAGAGGCCCCCCUGGGCUGCUCCUGAGGGGGGACUCCUCUGCCCGAUCAGUGCACACCCGCUGGCCCUGGGUGGGGGGUGGGGUGCUGGGCUGCAGCUGCCUCCAGCACAGCUCCGGGCACCCCGGAGAUCCAGGGAGGUGACAGUGUAGGGAGCGUGACGGCCCCGAACGCAUCCCUUGACCUGCUUUUCUCUGAAAGUAUGUUUUUAGGAGUCAUAAGGGCAUUUAAACUGUUCCUGAGCCUGUCCCUGCUCUCAAGAAAGGAACUCAUGGGGUGGGGAGGGGGGUCAGAGGAGGGCAGACAAAGGCACGUGCGUCAGCUAGAGGGUGAGGACGCCCGGGGCACGCGGUGUCCAUGGGCCUGACCGUGGCGUGCGCCGCUCUGUGAGGGGCGUCGGCCGCGAGAGCGCCUGCCGCGAGGAGAAGCUGUUCCUCCCCGGUUUUCUGUGUCUCCGCGAGCUGGAGGGUGUUGGCUGCGCUUCUCGUGGUCGUUCUUUCACCGUGUGAGAGUCACAGCGUCGUGCCGUGAGCCUUACACAAGCAGGCGCGGCAGUGACAUCGCAGUGUCCAACAAAGCCAGGAUCCCUGUCCUCCGUCUCUCCCACGCCGUCCUGCAGUCCUGCCGCCCGCCCUCCGCUCCCCUGCGGCUGGCGGUCACUGUUCCCGGGAUCUGCGUGUGGCUUUGCUGUCACUGAGUCCUCGGAGCCCAGCGGGCCACGCAGUGACCCCCACAGCAGCACCGGUGGGCGACGGCCUGUCCCUGGUCCCUGGACCCCACAUCCUCACCACCACCACCACGGGAUGCCGGAGCGCAGGACAGGGGCCCACUCAGACCCUCUGCCGGCAAGCGGGCCCAGAGGAGGAGCAGGAUCUCGUGUCCGAGCCAAGUCUUUCCGAAGCCACAAUUACCCAGUUUCAGUUCAGCCCGCUUGGCCGGAUGUCCUGCGUCGCCACAUUCCUCGUGUAGCCACAGACUGCGUGGCGAGUGGGGCUGGCAGAACACAAGACGCCUGGGCCCCGCCGAGGCUGAAGGGUGCCGCCCUCUGUCCCUGCUCCUGCUCACGGGGGCAGGGUUUAGCCCCCACAGGUGCUGGUGUCCAGCGGGGACCGUCACGACGGAGAGACCGUCCCCUCACGUGGAGCCGCUGGCAGAGGCUUGCAGGCCGCCUUCCAGAAAUAAAGGUCUGGCCGCCUGCGUGUGCCAGUUUCCAGGGUGUCCGAGCUCGAGCCGCAGUCGCAGGACGACAGUGGCGCCGCGCAUGCGGAGCGUUUCCAGACAGAGGACCGCAGCCACCCGGGGCACCAGGAAGCUACCAGAGAUUCAGCGACUGUUACAGGCGUCUCUGCCAGCUGCAGCCUGACGUGACCCAGCGGAUCCACGACAAGUUUGUCGCCCAGCUGCAGGCGUCCAUCCGGGAGGAGAUCUCUGAGAUCAAAGCGGAGGGGAACCUGGAGGCGGUCUUGGACGCCUUGGACAGGAUCGUGGAAGAAGGCAAAGACCGCACAGAGCCGGCCUGGCGCCCCAGCGGGAUCCCCGAGGCAGACGUGCGCAGCGCUGCUGUGCCCUACUUCCUGCAGCAGCGGGACGCGCUGCAGCGCCGGGUGCACCGGCAGGAGGCGGAGAACCGGCGGCUGGCGGAGGCCGUGCUGGCCGGGCGGCGGCAGCUGGAGCAGCUAGAGCAGCGGGCCCGGGCCCGGCAGAAGGCCUGGCAGGCCCUGCACAGAGAACAGAAGGAGCUGCUGGGCGUGCUGGGGGAGCCCGAGUGAGGAGGCGGCCGCCGGACCAGGAGCAGAGGGCAGUCGAGGUCAAGGGCCUGGGCCAGCUGCCCCUGAGAACCAGUGAAGUGGUGGCCAGUCCCUGAGUGUGGAUGGAAUUAGCCGGAGGAUGAGGCCUGACCAGCCCUUCUGCUUUAGGAGCUCCCUUGGGGUCACACACAGACACACGCAUACACACCCCCCCUUCAGACCCUUCCCUGUGUCUGGACGCGAGGGCUGUCGGGCAGCUCCCACGCCGGGAAUCAGGCCCCAGGCUCUCUGUCCCGCAGGUCGGGGCCAGCCGCCUGCCCGCCCGUUCCUGAGCGCCCCCGGACCUGGCCCGGGGCAUCUGUGUUCAGGCCGCCCUGAUUGUCCCCUUGCCGGCCAGCCCCAGGGCCCUUGCCAUGUUCUCCCCACAUCCGUAAAUAAACCUCCUCCACUUGCUA